GCACCUCCUUGCUGUCUCCUAGAGAUAGUGCCUUGGACCCAUGUGAUGUUUCCCUGUCCCUUUUGUUCACCCUCAGCGAGUCCCUCCUUGGAAUGCCCAGCGGACCACCACUCGGGGACCACCCAGCCGCAAAGGCAGCCUCAGUAUAGAAGACACCUUUGAGAGCAUCAGUGAGCUAGGACCCCUGGAGCUGAUGGGCCGGGAACUGGACUUGGCUCCCUAUGGUACUCUCCGCAAGUCACAGUCGGCUGACUCUCUGAAUUCCAUCUCCUCUGUGAGCAACACCUUCGGGCAGGAUUUCACCCUGGGCCAGGUGGAGGUGAGCAUGGACUAUGACGGAGCUUCCCACACCCUCCACGUGGCGGUGCUGCAAGGCAAGGACCUCCUGGAGCGCGAGGAGGCCACCUUCGAGUCCUGCUUCAUGCGUGUCAGUCUGCUGCCAGACGAACAGAUCGUGGGCAUCUCCCGGAUCCAGAGGAAUGCCUAUUCCAUCUUCUUCGAUGAGAAGUUCUCUGUCCCCCUGGACCCCACAGCCCUGGAGGAGAAGAGCCUUAGAUUUUCUGUGUUUGGCAUCGAUGAGGAUGAGCGGAAUGUGAGCACCGGCGUGGUGGAGCUGAAGCUGUCUGUUCUGGACCUCCCGCUGCAGCCCUUCAGUGGCUGGCUCUACUUACAGGACCAGAAUAAGGCUGCUGAUGCUGUGGGAGAGAUCCUGCUGUCCCUCAGUUACCUGCCCACAGCAGAGCGGCUGACUGUGGUUGUGGUGAAAGCCAAGAAUCUCAUCUGGACCAAUGACAAGACCACAGCAGACCCCUUCGUCAAAGUGUAUCUGCUGCAGGAUGGGAGGAAGAUGAGCAAGAAGAAGACGGCGGUGAAGAGGGAUGACCCCAACCCAGUGUUCAACGAAGCCAUGAUCUUCUCGGUACCAGCCAUUGUGCUUCAGGACCUGUCUCUCCGAGUGACAGUGGCCGAGAGCAGCAGUGAUGGCCGUGGGGACAACGUGGGCCAUGUCAUCAUUGGGCCAGGGGCCAGCGGCAUGGGCACCACACACUGGAACCAGAUGCUGGCCACACUGCGCAGGCCUGUGUCCAUGUGGCAUCCAGUCCGGCGAAACUAACAGCCAGGGCAGGCCAGGUGGGCAGCCGAGCCUCCAGAGCCUCGCACCAUCUCAGUUCUACCCAGCGAUGCCCUCUCCAUAGUCAGCUGGAGCUGUGAACACCAGGGCUACCCCACCUCCCAGGGGGUCCUCAUCAGCCAUCUUGGAUCCUCUGUCCAGACUGUCAUGGAGGAAUGGCUCUUCAUCUGGGGACCC